GUGGAGUGUAAUAGGCUGAAGAUGCUGCCGUGUCUGCUCAGUGUCUAGUUGUGAAUGGGACUUGCCUCUUCUCCCUUCUCCGGAGGUGGUCAAGGGAAGCGGCCAGCCCCGUUGGACCCGCAGCCAGAGCUGAAGUACUGGAUAAGUGUCAGCAGAAAGCUUACAUCUGCAUUGUCAUCAUAGUCUCAUUAAGUGGCAUUUGAAAUGUGUGGAAUAUGCUACAUAAAUUGGCAACAAGUUUCCAGUGGGUGAAGGAAUUAAGUUGGGAAGCUGCAGAGCAUUGAAGUGAUGUGUUUAAUGUGUGGUGGCAUCCUAUGUGCAGAACAUUUCAUCUGAAACUUUUUGGUGGCCCCAAACUUUUUGACUUCCAAGGUGGAAGGGGUAGAUUCUUGAAUACUCCUGUGCCUACAAAAUAACCAAAAAUGAAGGAGGACAAUUGUUUACAUGCCGCUCUCAUCUGCCUGGGCAUGCUGUACUACAGCCAUGCCAUAACUACAGAAAAACUGAACCACACAAGGCCGUCACUUCAUGGUCACCACGAGAAGGGAAAAGAAGGACAAGUUCUGCAUCGUUCAAAAAGAGGCUGGGUGUGGAAUCAGUUCUUUGUUAUAGAAGAGUAUACAGGACCAGAUCCUGUACUAGUAGGAAGGCUUCAUUCAGAUAUUGAUUCUGGAGAUGGAAACAUUAAAUACAUUCUCUCAGGUGAAGGAGCAGGAAUCAUUUUUGUUAUUGAUGACAAAUCAGGGAACAUCCAUGCAACAAAGACACUGGACCGGGAGGAGAGAGCUCAGUACACUCUCACGGCACAAGCUGUAGACAGAAACACUAACAGACCUUUGGAACCACCUUCUGAAUUCAUUGUUAAGGUUCAAGAUAUAAAUGACAACCCACCUGAGUUUCUUCAUGAAAACUACCAUGCCAAUGUGCCAGAAAGAUCAAAUGUAGGUACAUCAGUUAUUCAGGUAACAGCUUCAGAUGCUGAUGAUCCUACCUAUGGGAACAGUGCCAAAUUGGUUUACAGUAUUCUUGAAGGUCAACCGUACUUCUCGGUGGAAGCUCAAACAGGAAUUAUCCGAACUGCACUUCCAAAUAUGGACAGAGAAGCUAAGGAGGAGUAUCAUGUUGUAAUUCAGGCAAAAGAUAUGGGAGGACACAUGGGAGGCCUCUCAGGGACAACCAAAGUGACAAUUACACUUACAGAUGUCAAUGACAACCCACCAAAGUUCCCACAGAGUGUCUACCAGAUGUCAGUGUCAGAAGCAGCUGUCCCAGGAGAGGAAGUAGGAAGAGUGAAGGCCAAAGAUCCAGACAUUGGGGAAAAUGGCUUAGUAGCUUACAGCAUCAUUGACGGAGAUGGCAUGGAUAUGUUUGAAAUUACAACAGAUUAUGAGACUCAGGAAGGUGUUGUAAAGCUUAAGAAAGUCUUAGAUUUUGAAACCAAAAAGUCCUAUAGUCUGAAGGUAGAGGCAGCCAAUGUACAUAUUGAUCCUAAGUUCAUCAGUAACGGGCCAUUCAAGGACACAGUAACAGUGAAGAUAUCAGUGGAAGAUGCUGAUGAGCCACCUGUGUUUUUAAAGCCAAGUUAUAUUUUUGAAGUACAAGAAAAUGCGGCAUCUGGUACUGUGGUUGGAAAAGUACAUGCCAAAGACCCUGAUGCUGCAAACAGUGCUAUAAGAUAUUCAAUUGAUCGUCACACUGACCUUGAAAGAUAUUUUAUUAUCAAUGCAGAAGAUGGCAAUAUCAAGACAAUAAAAGCUUUGGAUAGGGAAGAAAUUGCUUGGCAUAAUAUCUCUGUCUUUGCAGUUGAAGUCCACAAACAACACCAGGAAGCCAAAGUUCCAGUUGCGAUUAAGGUCAUUGAUGUCAAUGACAACGCUCCCAAAUUUGCAGCAGCCUAUGAAGCAUUUGUUUGUGAGAAUGCCCGAAGCAAUCAGCAAUUUAUUACAAUUAGUGCUGAUGACAAGGAUGACUCGGCCAAUGGACCAAGAUUUAUCUUCAGUUUACCACCUGAAAUUAUUCAUAAUCCAAAUUUUACACUCAGAGACAACAGAGAUAACACAGCAAGUGUUCUUGUUAGACGUGAAGGAUUUAGUCGCCAAAAGCAAGAUUUAUACCUUCUUCCUAUUGUCAUAAGUGAUGGUGGACUCCCGCCUAUGAGCAGCACCAACACCCUCACCAUUCGGGUCUGUGGCUGUGACAGCAACGGCUCCUUGCUCUCCUGUAAUGCUGAAGCCUACAUCCUCAAUGCUGGAUUAAGCACUGGAGCUUUAAUUGCCAUUCUUGCUUGCAUUGUGAUUUUGUUAGUCAUUGUAGUGUUGUUUGUAACACUGAAAAGGCAGAAGAAGGAACCUCUGAUUGUUUUUGAAGAAGAAGAUGUCCGAGAGAACAUUAUUACUUAUGAUGACGAAGGUGGAGGAGAGGAAGAUACCGAGGCUUUUGAUAUAGCUACUUUGCAGAACCCUGAUGGCAUCAAUGGAUUUAUUCCUCGUAAAGACAUAAAACCUGAGUAUCAGUAUAUGCCAAGACCAGGGCUUCGGCCAGCUCCCAAUAGUGUUGAUGUUGAUGAUUUCAUCAACACAAGAAUACAAGAGGCUGAUAACGAUCCAACUGCUCCUCCUUAUGACUCUAUUCAGAUCUAUGGCUAUGAAGGAAGAGGCUCAGUGGCUGGUUCACUUAGCUCAUUAGAGUCAGCGACAACAGAUUCUGAUUUGGACUACGACUAUCUACAAAAUUGGGGACCUCGAUUUAAGAAACUUGCGGACUUGUAUGGCUCCAAAGACACUUUCGAUGAUGAUUCUUAACGAUAAAGUUUAAGAUUUGGCCUUAAGAACUGUGUCCAAUGUUCUGAAGAAUCCAGAAGAAAUGUAAGCAGGUAUUUUUUUAAAAAUCAAGAAAAAAAAAUCUCACUUAAACAUUUAAGUUUGACAGAGAGGAUUCCUUUCAUUAAAAAGGACAAAAAAGUGGUAAAUACUGUGAAGUACCUUUUCCUACAAAAGGCAAAUGUAGAAGUUGGCUGCCAACUUCACUAAAGGAAAAAACCCACUUAAGAAAUACAAAAUAUUUAAAUGAAGGAAAAUGAUAAAAGUGAACCUACAAAUAAGGGAAAUCUUUUAUGUAUUAUGAACAUCUAAAUCUUUUAUGUCAAAGAAGCUUCCACAAAUUAGAAAAGAUAACAGUUCUGAGCUGUAAUUUCGCCUUAAACUAUGGACACUCUACACGGUAGUGCAUUUUUAAACUUGAAAUAUAUAAUAUUCAGCCAGCUUAAACCCAUAUGAUGUAUGUACAGUACAAUGUACAAUUAUUAUGUCUCUUGAGCAUCAAACUUGUUACUGCUGAUUCUUGUAAAUCUUUUUGCUUAAACUUUCAUCUUGAACUAAUACGUGCCAGAUAUAAAAACUCUGUCUUGUUGCAGUGGGAGGCGCCCUAUUUCUAUGUCAUUUUUAAUGUAUCUAUUUGUACAAUUUUAAAAUUCUUAUUUUAGUAUACAUACAAAUAUCAGUAUUCUGACAUGUAAGAAAUGUUACAGCAUCACACUUAUAUUUUAUGAACAUUGUACUGUUGCUUUAAUAUGUGCUUCAAUAUAAGAAGCAGACUUUGAAAUAAACUGAUUCUUUUUUAAUUCUUGUUCUGGUUAUUAAGCAUAUAAGGAAAACCAUAGUGUUUCUAAUGUCCCAUUUAUAGUUCAGACUAAUUUACUACAGUUGUGACCUUUUAAUAGCCUUAUUUAUUAUGUGUUUGUAGUUGGUUCGUUGCCUUGUUAAGUGAUUAUUUAAAAAUCAAGUACAUUUUACAAAUGUUUUUUAGAUUAAAAAAUGUAACGUCUGGUGAACAUUUUGUACCCUAUCUACAACUUGUGGCUGCUCCCAGAACACAGUAAUAAUCUUCGUAUAAUACUACUGUGAUUUCUGGAUUAAAUUAAGUGUAAUACUCUUCAAUAUUUCCCAUGUAAUAUGCAUUUAUCUUAUAUCUUAGAAAUUCCAGAGGUUUCAGAAAUGACUUUGUAAGUGGACAGGAGUACUCUGUACUUCCAACGUACUCCAGGCUUGUGAAUUUCCCUGUCUGUGCUAAGCUUCUGCAGAUUUUAGAGACUUAAAUCUGACCCAGUUUAGCUGUAAGUUCCCUAAAGACUGUUCUACCUGACAAUUACCUUACCUGAGUAGUAAUUAAGAUUCUGGCACUUACAUUUUUUUUUUUCUUUUCUUUUGAUUCUUCUCCCAUUUACUGCAGUAGAAUAGCAUCGUCUACUGAUAGGAAGAUGUUUUAAUUUGUGAUGACAGAAAUACAGAGUGCUUUCAGAGUUGUUCUUUGUAAUGUAUGUUUUUAAUCGAAAAAUGAUCUAUAACUUUUUUAUAUUAGUUCAGAAUGAGCAAGGGAUUGGAAUAUGUUCUGCGCAUCAACAUUUUCAGCAUCUGUGUAUAGCUGUACUUCUGCUAAAUUUAAUAUAGUUUGCUGUUUAGGGUCAGAGAUCAGCAGCUGCAAUAUGGGAAGAGGCAAUAAAUAGAAAUGAUAUACAUUUUUCUACUGUUCCUUUUACAGACCCGGUUCUUCAUUUCCAGUCAGGUACCAAACUGCUUGAUCUGAGAGGAAAUCUGAUUUGUUGGUGUAUUGCUUUUCUGAAGACCCCCGUAUAUGUAGUUAGAUUAAAAUUUAACUCGUUAAAAUUAUGGAUGAUGUUUCAGCUCUAUAGUCGUAACAUAUUCACUCGUCCCAUUAUAUCCCUAUGUUUUAUAAGGCAAAGUUUGCUAAAUCAGCAGAUUUGCUCGACAAUGUUUAUUGUAAUAUUUCACUUUAUUAUAGCU